AUGUCCUGCUGCAACCCGUGCCAGCCCUGCCAGCCCUGUGGCCCGUGCCCGCUGGCCAGCAGCUGCAACGAGUGCUGUGUCCGGCAGUGCCAGAGCUCCACCAUCGCCAUCCAGCCCUCUCCCGUGGUGGUGACCCUGCCCGGACCCAUCCUCAGCUCCUUCCCACAGAACACCGUUGUGGGCUCCUCCACCUCUGCUGCUGUUGGCAGCAUCCUCAGCUCUCAAGGAGUGCCCAUCAACUCUGGGUGUUGUGACCUCUCUGGCGUUGCCAGCUGCUACUAUGACAGGAAGUGUCUCCCCUGCUGA